CCUGAAUCGCUGCAACACAACUGGCCGAGUGAGUUAGAGAAUAAACAAAAACAUUUCAGAAAAACCCGUUCUGCUCCCGCUCUGAGCGGAGACGCUGGUGGUUCGGGUUUAGCCGAACAUUGGCCCAACUUGAAAGUCCAGUUGGACCGACCUUGUGUGUGUGUGUUUGUGUAUAAGGGGAGAAGAAGAUGACACAGGAACACGACAACAAGAGAGCAGUUUUGGUGCUACAGAAUGAGCAACUUUAUCCUCAGAGGCGCUCAUAUACCAGUGAAGAUGAGGCAUGGAAAUCCUUCCUGGAAAAUCCUCUGACUGCCGCCACCAAGGCCAUGAUGAGCAUCAAUGGAGAUGAUGAUAGUGCUGCUGCUUUGGGUUUACUGUAUGAUUAUUACAAGGUUCCCAGAGAGAAAAGGACGAUGCCACCAGAGAAAAGUUCCAGUACUGACCCUGAGCACAAUAAAAGAUUGCUAACCCCCAUGCAUCUCCCUCGCACUAGAAGGGGAGUGCGGUCAGGGAUGCUGCCUUCUACACAGCCAUCUUCAAUGCUGCUCUAUGAUCGUCCAGAAGGAGCCACAAUUCAAACAGGGAAUUGCAUGCUAUCUGCAACAGAUCACCCAGUCAUUUCCACUGCGGAUAAUCGAGUGCAGCAACUGAGAGUGUUGCCAGUCAAUCUGGUGUUGCCUGGCCACUCCAUAGGACACGAUAAAGUAAAUCAGUUUACAACCACAGACACUACUGUCACUGUCUCUGUCACAACAGUACCAACGCAAUCUAUUAAAACCGAAAUGAACCCUAAUAACUUUUCUGUGGGAAUGCUGCCGGCAUCGUACUGCAGCGAGCCUCCUGAGCGCUCUGUCAUUCACGAUCGAAAUCCUCACGGUGACCAGUUUGCCUCAACUGCACAGUCACAGAGAAGAACUCCAGACACGACUUUCACAGAGAAUUUCAAGGAAGGCUCUCAAGAGGUGUUUGGCUUUCCUACCGAUCUCCAUGUUCGAAUGCCUACUAUGAGUUCAGAGGAGUAUGCCUUUGAUAGAAUGAGAAGUACAUUUGAAUAUGUUUUGGAAGCUUCCAAAUCACUUAAACAGAAGACAGGUGAUGGAACCAUGACUUAUUUGAAUAAGGGUCAGUUUUAUCCCAUCACACUCAAAGAAGUGGGUUCCAAUGAAGAAAUCCAUCAUCCAGUCAGCAAAGUCAGAAGUGUGAUAAUGGUUGUUUUUGGUGAUGAUAAAAUCCGUGAUGAGCAACUUAGGCACUGGAAAUACUGGCACUCCCGGCAGCACACUGCGAAACAGCGCUGCAUUGACAUUGCUGAUUACAAAGAAAGUUUCAACACAAUUAGUAACAUUGAAGAAAUCGCUUACAACGCCAUCUCUUUUACAUGGGACAUCAAUGAUGAAGCUAAGAUUUUCGUCUCGGUCAACUGUCUCAGCACAGACUUCUCAUCUCAAAAAGGAGUCAAAGGUCUACCAUUGAACAUUCAGAUCGAUACAUACAGUUAUAACACCCGAAGCAACAAACCCAUCCACAGGGCCUAUUGUCAGAUUAAAGUUUUCUGUGACAAGGGUGCUGAACGCAAGAUACGUGAUGAGGAACGUAAACAAUCUCGUAAGAAGUCCAAAUCUAAUGAUGGCAGUUCUCAUUUAAAUACCUUCCAGGACCAAAAAUUACAGCUGAUCCCCAACUUCAAGCAGAUGGAGGCCACUGUCUUCAAGUCCAUUCCUGACCUCGUCACUCAACCAGUUCUUUUCAUUCCUGAUGUCCAGCAACGAGCUGUUCACGGAUUCCCUGUUGGAGCCGAUGAGCUUGAAGGUGAAGGAUCAGGCCUGAAAAGACUGUCAUUCCUGCCCGAAGAAGAGUUUGGCUCACCCAAUAAGAUCCUCAGGAUAGAAGAACCAAAUAAAGUUUUACUUUACGUCAGGAAGGAAUGCGAAGAGGUGUUUGAUGCGCUAAUGUUGAAGACUCCUUCUCUGAAAGGCCUAAUGGAGGCAAUUUCAGAAAAAUAUGAAGUACCCCUGGAUAAAAUUGCAAAGGUCUACAAGAAAUGCAAGAAAGGCAUCUUGGUCAACAUGGAUGAUAAUAUAGUGAAGCACUAUUCUAAUGAAGACACAUUCCAACUAAACAUUGAAGAAAUUGCAGGAUCCUACAAGCUCACUCUUGCUGAAAUAUGAAGAGAAUUGUGUAAUAGUUAUCUUACAGCUCAUUGUCAGUCCUAUGCAUUUAUUGGCCAGGCUAAUGCCACUUGUACAUUAUAAAAAUAGAGGAAUAGAGCAACAAAAUACAGUGUGAAAAUACAUACGAUAUAUACAAGACGUACCUGUUAAGUCAACACCAACCUUCAAAUUAAAAGUCUAUAAUAUUGCAGCAAGUGUUUAUUUGUAAUCAGCAUUAUUUGAGAUAAUAUGUUGCAAUAAAGUAACAGUUAAUUGCUCCCAUGCAAGGACCCUCAAGUUCCCACCAAUGAUUUCUCCCGUCCUUUUUGUUCUCUAUUCCUCAAUUAAAUUCUUCAUUACUAUGAUAGUUGUGUUGAUAUAAAAGAAAAGAACAAAAUACAUAAAGUAUGUCAAUAUAUGUUAACCAAAGAACAGUUGCAAUAAAGCCCAUGUUGUUGUGGAGCACAAUUUGGCUUUCAGGUGAUUGGUUGAACACCUUGAUGUGUUACAACCUUGUAAAAGAUGCUUCAGUGAUUGUAUACCUUAUAUUUUUAUUAUGGAAGGUAAAUAUUGUUUUGUCUCAAUUUAUGUCUUGUCUUAAGUUCAGAUUUUAGAGAUUUGAAUGUUACAUUUUAUAACUUAAAGGUCAACUGCAGGAAUUAGCAUUUGAGACAGAGCACUUGGAAGAAUGUCCUUUGUUUCACUUUCACACAAAUGGUGGUAAGACUCCUUUCUAUAGGUGUUGGACUGCAUUAACUACAGGAAAAUGCAGUGAAUGGCUGAAGAAACCAGCAUUCAAGCCAUAUUAUUUUUUGUGUACAUUAAGUGCAAUAUAUUACCACAGAAAUGUAUAACUUUGUACUAUCGUUUUCAUUGUCAUUUACAAAAAAAAGGUUUACUAAGGAUGAGGGUCUGGGUCUUUAUGUUUUAAAGAUAAAUUGUAUUGUUUAAAUUUAUUUAAUAAAAGAACCUCAACUGUUCUUCUAAAUGUUUACCAUGGAACAGAUUUUUUUAAUACAAAACUGUUAAGGCUAAUUUUAAAUUGUUUUGCGAUUCCUGGGAAAAUGUAAAGGGUUAUUAAACCCGCAGUUUUCUUUUCCAGUAAUCUGCCAACUUGAGGUCAGGUUAGUGUUUUGUUUUAAGCAAAUAGUCUGCUCUGAGUAUGCACUCCCUUUGACAGCAAUUUCAACAUCUAUGACAAUGUCUUCGUAAAUGGUAUCACCACAAUGAAGCAAUUACAGAAAUACUAGCAUUAAUUGGUUCAAUUCUAGGUUGCUAUGUAAAACAAGUAGAAGUGCAAAUUAUAAUUCACGGCAUCUUUACCACAUGAAGAACUCUAUUGUUCUAAAAUUUAAAUGUACAUUGAAGAAUUACAUUAUAUUGAUAGCCUGUGGCAAAUGAUUUGAUUUUGAAUCUCAAGACAAACACAUUCAAAAUUGCUAACAUAUUUUAUGGCACAUCCUUUUGUCCACAUAUUGUAAAUUUGUUGUGAUCAUAUAUACAGUGUAAUUGCACCCCUGUACGUGAUAGCUGAGGUAUCUAAAAGUCUGCUGCGUAAUGUUUAUAGGACACUGCUGGUUGCCUUUCAUCUCAAAACAAAUUUCUUAUAAAUAAUUAGUGGUUUGAAGUCUUUUUAAAAUUAAAACCUUUGGCAUGCAGACCCUGUGCACUGUAUAAUGUGAAACUGAAGUUUGUAGUUCAAGGACUAAACAUCUGUAGGAUGUGCAUCAUGAUGUAAAUGCUGGAUUACAAUCACUGGGAAGUUCUGUUGCUAGCCUCAGUGGAUAAUGUUAGCUUCAUGGGUUGGUUAUACAGUUUGGAUCACAGUGGCAACAUCUGAGCUCCUCCACACAAAUUUUGGUAACUGCUCACUUACCACAUACUGUGGUAGGGUCACACAGGGUACUACCAGUCACCCAAUCCUUGAAUAAGCAAAAAAAAAGUGUCCAGUGGACAUUUGUAUGGAGCCAAAUUAUCUUUUAUUUUCGGGGUCCAAAACUCCCAAACAAUUCCCGCAAUCAAUACUUAUACACUCCCUAUUUAAGGAAAAAUGUAAUUACAUUGGAAGCAAUUUGGAGAAUGUUAAUGAGAUUAAUACCUGGAAUGCAGCAGGGUGGUGGGAGUGCUUUAUGAGGAAAUGUUGGGCAAGCAAGGCUUGUAUCCCCUGGAGGCUUAGAUUGAAACAGAAGAUUCUGAGCAAUCCCUGAUGUAAGGUCGGAUUCUGACAGCGCUGGGUUUUGGCCUAAUCUGUGGGCCUUGACAUAGUAUUGGUAAAAUUGAACCUGAAGGAGGAAAGAUUAUCAUCCUAAUUGGUCCCAAACAUGAUCCCUCAUCUGUACCAAGACAGCUUAUUUCAGUCACAGGAAGGGACAUGAGAAGUGGAUGCAGCCUCCAUGGUUCGAAAAGGUAAAUAAGUCAACCAGAGUUGUCACUUCUAAAGUGCUGCCUGCUGUGUGGGGAACAAUGUGUGGGGAAGACUGUCAUUCAACAGUGAUAGUCACAAUGACAUUCAUCACCUGCCUAGAAGAGCAGACCACUUGGCCAAAUUCCCAAUUGUCUUUCAUGGGCCAAUAGUUGAAUUUUGGGAAUAAGAAAACACCCAGAUGGAAGAAAUCAUUGUGAAACUAGACAUUAUUGUGUAAUGUUUUGACAAACCUGCUGUGAAAACCAAUUUGUAUAUAUUGUGAUAUGAUGCGCUGCCUGUAAAAAUGAUCAACAUUAAAUGAUUAAAGCUCGACAAUUGUUAGAACAACAAAGUUAUUCCUAAUAAAUCUCAUCUUUGCCGCUAAAGCAGAAGAUACUUAAAUGUUUUUCCAAAAGAAUUUCCCUGCUGUCAAAUGUUUUUGAGUUAGUGCUUUAUUGUAAUUUUUUAAAAAAGACUUUGUUUUAUAAUGAUCAAAAUGUGAAUCAAACAAAAGGAAACAAAUUCUUAACAUUGAAUUUACUCAGUAUAUGUAAACAUUAAAGAGCAAAUGUCUUCACAUUACUUUAAUGGCUAAGGAAAAGAAUUAUUGCAGUUUCAUUCAAUUUUGUAAGAUAGACAUAUAUCUGUGUAUAUUUUUGGUAAGCGGUCAUGCUACAACUGAGUAUCAUUAACACUUGAAUAGCCUAUAGUUACAAUCCUAAUUUUUCAGAAGAAAAUAGAAAAGGUCUUAUUCACAACUGUUUUUACUAUGUUAUUGAAGUGUUUUUUUUCCUGAUUUUUGUGAUAUGCAUUUGCAAAGAUGUAUUAAAACUUUAAUGUAUACCAAAGGGAAUAAAUUUUAU